GGAAAUUUAGUUUGCGGUAACACUACAUCAACCACACGUGCAGUUUUAUUGUUUAAAACGGUGUAAGUGAUUUAAUAAUGAAUAACAAUCUAUUUGAUGGUUCUGACGAGGAUGCAGAUGAUCUGCAGAUAUCGACAAAUCAGGACUAUGCCAAGACAUACAACAGCUUGCGCAAAAAAGAGUUGCUGCAGAAAUAUAAAGAUCGUGGCCUAGAUGUCUCCGAAUCGGAGUUGGAUAGUGACAGUGAGUCUUCUGAAGAGGAAGAAGUCGAUGUUAAGUUUGAUCAAGAGUUCUUUAAGACGCUUGCAUCGUUGAAGAGCAAAGAUCCCAAAAUCUAUGAUAAAGAAACACGUUUCUUUAAUGACGACGAAAGUGAAGCCGAUGAUGAUGAAGAGGAAGGAGCAGCUAAAAAAAAGUCAAGCAAGGCCAAGCCGGUAACACUAAAGGACUAUGAGCGCAAGGUAAUUCUCGAGCACAACGGCAAGUUUGAGAGUUCCGAUGAUGAGCCAGAAGAACGCGCCCAGUCUCCGACCGCUGUGGAGGAAGAACGUCGUCUGAAGGCCGAGUUUAGAAACGUAAUGAACCAAGAAGACGAUGGCGAAGACGAGGAAUUCGGUGGCAUCUUCAAGAAGCGCACAAAAACUAAAGCACAAACCGAUGCCGAAGAAGCAGACUUUGCAAAAUGGCUGGCGGGAAAGCAGGCGGAUGCCGAAAUCGAGGCGAGUGCCAAGCAACAGUUGGCGCCGCUCAAGCAGUACUGGAAUAGCAGCAAGUUAACGCAAGGUGAGAGCUUUCUGCGUGAUUAUAUCUUGAACAAAGGAUACGCAAACACAGAUGCCUCAGAGAUUCCCACGUACGAUGAGAUUGUGGGUGAUACGGCGCCUCUGUCCGAUGACGAGCAGGAGCUAGAGAAGCAAGCAGAGUUUGAACAGAAGUACAACUUCCGUUUCGAGGAGCCAGACGCGGAGUUUCUGAAGCGUUAUCCCCGUACCAUUGAGCAAUCGAUUCGUCGCACCGACGACAAGCGUAAGGAGAAGCGCAAAGAGCUCAAGGAGCGCAAGCAGCAGGAGAAGGAGCAGAAGAUGAAGGAGCUGGAUCUCAUCAAGGACAUGCGACGUAAGGAGAUUGAAGAGAAAAUACGUAAAUUGAAAGCAGUGACGGGCAACGAUGAACUCGGUUUUAAGGACGAUGAACUCGAGGAGGAUUUCGAUCCUGAGGCGCACGAUCGACGCAUGCAGGAGCUGUUUAACGAUGACUACUACAACGUGGACGAGGGCGAAGAGAAGCCCGAGUGCCCCUCGGACAUUGAAGAACUCGCACUUGAGGACUGGGACAACUAUGAUCCCGGGCAGCAUCAUGAUUACGAUGAAGAUGGCGCACAUUGCGAGGACGAUGACUUUAACAUGGACUGUGAUUACGAUCCGGCAGCAGCGAAACAGCAGAUGCAACAGGAGCUUAUCGAGAGCUCGCGUGGUCGCAAAGGUCGCAAGGGCAGACGCAAUAAAUUCAUGGAAAUGAUUCAGGCUGAGAAGCCAGUGUUUAAUCCCGAGGAUGAGCAGACAUAUGGCGACUACAUUGAUGAAUACUAUCAGCUGGACUACGAGGACAUUGUGGGCGAUCAACCAUGUCGCUUCAAAUACGUGGAGACGACACCCAACGAUUUUGGCCUAACCAUCGAGGAGAUACUGCUAGCUAAGAACAAGGAAUUGAACCAAUGGGCUAGUUUAAAGAAGGCAGUGCAGAAUCGUCCGGAUUACGUGGAGAAAAAAGAGCAACGUCUGUACAAAAUGAAGGCCAAGAACGAGGAUCUCAAGCGCAAGAUCUUUAAGAGUUUGUACGGCGAUGGCUCUGAUGAUGAGGAAAAAUCAGAGGAACAAUCUACAACGCAACUGGUUACAAAUGAGCAGCCAGCUGCUCCAGUGGUGGAACAAACUCCCGCAGAGCCGCUGUCUAAAUCCAAAAGGAAGCGUCUCAAGCGCAAGGCAGCUGCAGCAGCUGGAGCAAGUGCGACAGUCACAAGUAUAGCAACCACGACAAGCGCAACGGACACAACAAGCGAAGCAACCACUUCAAUCGAAGCAGCCACUUCCAACAAACCUGAUGUAUCAACUGAAGCAGCUGCGACAACGAAUGGAAAUAAGGAACAGAAGAAACCUGCACAAAAGUCGCCUAGGCCAGCAAAGAAACAGAAUGAACUAAAGAAAAAUACGCCAGCCAAGCCGGCAAAACAACAGAGUUCGCCAUCGAAAGCUGCACCGCCGCCAGCCAAGAAGCAAAAGCUCGAAGUAACGGAGCAAACUGGACCAAAGGAUUCGGGCAAAACGAACGCCAAUAAUCCGUUUGCCAAACAGAAAUAUCCACAAAGCAUCGAACCCUUAAAGGCAAAAGGUGGCCAAAGAAAUGGAAGAAAACGAAAUGCAACAGCUCGCCAACCAUUUAAUAAUCAAAGUAGGCAGAAGCCAGCUGGAGUGGGAGCUAAAGGAGGCGCAAGUACUGGAGCAAAUCCCUUCAAGAAAACAGGCUUUAAGGCAAAUGGACCACGUGAAGGCGGCGACUUUAAAGCGCGACCCAAACGCGAUUUUAAAGGCAAAGCCAAGUCGAAUAAUGCCAAUCCUAAUGGCAUUACGGACGAUCGCCUCAAGGCUUACGGCAUUAAUCCACGUAAAUUCCACAAUCGCCAAAAGUAUGGCAAGAAGGAGCAGUAA